CGCACGCACUUUCUUCAUGCCCUUAGAGGAUGCUCUUGACCAAUCAUAAAAGGGAAGCUUGUCACAUGACAAGAACCGACCAAUGUUUACCAACAAAAUUGUGUCUCCUUGCAGCGGUGACACAGGGGAAUAGAAGUGGCAGAAUCAUCGAGAACAUUUGAACCGCUGCAAGUCACGCAAGCUCGAGCAUAUAAAGGCAAUGGAUAACCAUCAGCCGCAGUAUUGGAAUAUGUCUUCGACGUCGUCGCAACCUCAGAUGGACCCCGUGAAGGUGACGGUCAAGGCUUACCUGGGAGAUGAAGAGAUUCGUCGAUUUGUCAUUGAGGACCUACGAAACUUUAAAACCCUCCACGAUAGAAUCUGGGCAACCUUUCCAGCAUUGGCUACCAUGGAUUUCAUCCUUAGAUGGAAGGAUCCUGAGGGAGACUACAUUGUGAUGUCCAGUGAUGCAGAGCUGGCAGAAGCUCUGCAGAACAUGACUGAUGGCCUGUUGAGAAUUUAUGUGGACAUCCUCGCCCUGAGAUGGCCAGCUGUAGCUGGUCCCAGUACAGCAAAUCCAGCCGCAGCUGGCCUUGGCACAUUGCACGGAGCUCCAGCGCAGCGUGUUCAUGCUGGGGUUCUCUGCGAUGCUUGUGACCGGGAGAUUUGUGGAGUGCGUUACAAGUGCUUGCAGUGUGAAGACUAUGAUCUCUGUGGGUCAUGCCAUGGAAGGAAAAUGCACGAGGAGCAUGACAUGCUGAAGCUUGUCAACCCUGGCAUUCGUCCGUUGUGGGCAUUCCCUGGCUGGAAACGCCUGUGGCGCCACUGUGGCUACCCCCGAAGGGGGGGAGGAGGCGCCAGGGGCGGCCCUGCCCAAAGUGCCCGUCGCUCGCCACCUCACCACGGGCCAGACCAGAAGCAGCAGUACCAGGAGAUCUUGCGUGGCGUCGGAUACACCGUGGCCAACUUUCUUGAACCGUUUGGGAUCACAGUCGAUGUACUGAACGACAUGGCCAGCAACACUUCUCCACAAGAGCAGCCAAAGAGGGACAGUGCCACAGAACCCAUGGACAGCUCGGCGGGGCCUAGUGCUGGAAUGUCGAGUGUUGCAGAGCCGCCAAAGCCUGUUCAAGUGGAAGCCGCAGCAGCCGGCAACAGCAGUGCAACGUCUGCUGUGCUGGGAGGGCCAAUCAAGGCAUCCGAGACGAACAGCGAGGGAGCUGUGACCCAGGAGACACCCCGGGCCUCUGAGCCUGCAGUGGAAGUUGAAGUGCCGCCUGGCUGGACUUUGUUGAACGCGCUGCGGGACCCUCUUGUGGGUGAUGACAACGGCCUACCCCGUCCCAUGAGCCCAGAAGUGGUACCAGCUGCGCCGAUUCUGCCAGCUGCUCAGGCUGGAGACAACCCUGUGGACAUUGCCUUGGGCCAGAUGCUGGCCAUGGGAUUCAACAACGAGGGUGGCUGGCUGCGUCAGCUGCUCGAAGUCAAGCAAGGAGACGUUGGAGCAGUCCUCGAGUGGCUCAACCCUCGCCCCAAAUGAAGCAUUCUCCGCUUCACUAAAAUUCCAGGGAAUCAAUGAGUGGUUGGAGUGUGAUGUCCGAGCAUAUUUUAUUACAAUUAUGAUCAUUAUUGGUGCAGAGCAGCAGUUAUGCCCAAGUUCUUACACUAUUCAUGUGUGCGUUUUUUGUUCAACAAAGUAGCUUAUGUCACCCCCUUAUGAUAACCUUGAGCACAUGUACCAGCGUUGGCUUCAUGUAGCAUCAGAGGACCAGACCCUUACUUAAUUUCCUUGGACAACUUAUUUACAUAGGCAGCAGUAAUUUGCAACAACGGGACCAAGUAUUAAGUGUUGGUUGCAACUAUUUUUUGCAGAGCAUCUUUUACAUUCCUAAAAACACGGAAGCUUAUAAGACAUGAUGAAUAACUGCACAGCGCAGAAGGAUUCCGUUCGCAAUGUGCCUCACAAGACAGGCUGUCCGCACCAGCCAAUACGUUGAAAAAAAAACGCAUAUAGAGCUGUGCUCAAAUUUCGCAUUGGGGAGUAUCGUAAUCAUAAGUUAAUUUGUUUGCCUGUCCUCGUUCUUUGGCGCUGUACAGCUGUUUCGUUUUUUAUAACUUCGCUGUGAUUCUCUUAAGUCCUAGUGAAACUUUGGCCAGUACUUUCCCAAGCGUUUAUCAUCAAGGUUGCUGCAGCAGUGCUUGCAGCAUAGUAUGUCAUUAUGUAGGGACUGCUCUGAACUGCACAUGUAAUGAUUAAGUGCAAAUAAAAGUGUUUUCCAUUCAAA